CUGGCCACUCGACUCUUCUGUGCAGCAGAACCUGCUCCUCAGUCCUACCUGUCCGCAGCCACUGGUCAUCCCCUGUACUAUGUCCGCAGUCUCUGGUCAUCCUCUGCACUAUGUCCGCAGCCUCUGGUCUUCCCCUGUACUAUGUCCGCAGCCUCUGGUCAUCCCCUGUACUAUGUCCGCAGCCUCUGGUCAUCCCCUGUACUAUGUCCGCAGUCUCUGGUCAUCCCCUGUACUAUGUCCGCAGCCUCUGGUCAUCCCCUGUACCAUGUCCGCAGCCUCUGGUCAUCCCCUGUACUAUGUCCGCAGCCUCUGGUCAUCCCCUGUACUAUCUCUGCAGUCUCUGGUCAUCUCCUGUACUAUGUCUGCAGUCUCUGGUCAUCUCCUGUACUAUGUCCCCAGUCUCUGGUCAUCUCCUGUACUAUGUCUGCAG